UCGCCCGUCGCUCCUGUUGAUUUUUAACCAUAGUUCUAACCUGAUGUGGUAAUAAAUGGUAAUAAAGAAUAUCAUCCGCGACCGCAGUUUUUAGAAGCUUCUGAAGAAAUAGAGAGACGAAGAACGUGAAAAUAAAGCAGUACCGACUCCUUUGUAGAAAAGACAUUCGUAAAAGUAGACAAGGGGAAAACAAAAUCUUGCAAACAAUGGAUGACGAUGCACGCACGCUUUAUUGUGGGAAUCUAAGUGAGAAAGUCACUGAGGAUAUUCUCUACGAGUUAUUUCUACAAGGAGGUCCUGUACAAAAAAUAACCAUUCCCAAAGAUCGCGAUGGUAAGCAGAGAACGUUUGGAUUCAUCACAUACAAACACAUACGUUCUGUAGCGUACGCUCUGGAUCUGUUUGACGGCACAACGUUGUACAAUCGUACCCUUAAUAUGAAACUGAGGAAUAACACAGAGCUGCAACCAGUAGAACAACCAUCAAAUCCAGUUCGCAAUAUGAAUCAUAUGUUGGAACUGGGCCAGCAAAUGAUCUUGGGAAAUUAUUUGCCACAGACUAAUGCCAUGUUCGGAGCAAAUAUUUCACCGGACGGCCCACCAUAUUCAAGACAGUUAGAUAUAAGCCCUGGCAAUGACGAUAGAAUUAGAAGAAACCAUCCUUACCAAAGGAAUAGAGAUAGAAAACAGGAGAGGGACAGAGAUAGAAAUCAAGAGAGAGACAGGAAUCGGGAAAGAAACAGAGAUAGAGCAAGGGAGAAAGAUAGGGGGAGAAACAGAGAACAAAAUCAUAACGAUCAUCACAGAGAUGAAAGAUCAUAUUACAAUAGAGAUAAUAAUUAUCGUUCCAACGACUUUCGAUAUAACGAUAAUAGAAAAAGAUGGACGUAUCAUUGAUACGAAUUACUUUGCAAUUAAGUACUACUAAAAUUAGACGUAACUCAUUUUUAAGUUUAAACUACAUAUGGAAUAACCAGAUUUAGGGAAAUAUCUGGUCCAAAAUGCUUUUUAACGUCGUAUCUUUGUAAGCUGUACUAUACAUAGCACCGUAAAGGAAGAUGGAACGAAAAGAAGAAAGAGCCGCAGAGUUUCUAGAGCAAAAUUCUUUUUAAAGAACGCAGAGCUUAUACACGUUGCAUAUUAUUCUUUAUGUUUAUUCUGUAAUAAAUAUGUAUCUUGAUA